AUGACUUUCCGUCACCGUCCCACCUCCAGCUACCAGCCUUGCGAUACCUUCUUCGUCGAGUCGUACGAUGACUUCCCUGCACCCCGCAUGGAUCCUAAGGAGCAUGCGAAACUGAUUGCCCGGGAACGCCAGUACGCCAUUGCCGACGAGUUGUCCAAGGCUGCAAGUGAAGAAUUCCGUGAUGACAUUCUGUCUCACAUGCUGGACAUGGAUUCCGCUACGCUGCCUGACGUCGAGUCGAUCGAUAUUCAGACUGAGAUCCAGUGGUUCAUGCGUCCUUACCUCCUCGAUUUCCUCAUCGAAGCACACACCGCUUUCCAGCUUCUACCUGGUACAUUGUUCUUGACAAUCAACCUUCUCGACAGAUACUGCUCCAAGCGUGUCGUCUACAAGAGACAUUACCAGCUGGUAGGAUGUGCAGCCCUCCUCAUCGCCGCCAAGUAUGGAGACAAGAAGGACCGUGUGCCCACAAUCAAGGAGUUGAAGUCCAUGUGCUGCUCUCUUUACGAUGAUGAUAUGUUUCUCCAGAUGGAGUGGCACGUCUUGCAGACUCUGGGAUGGACAAUUGGACACCCCACAGUGGACAGCUUCCUCCAGGUCGCUGUUCUGGACACCCCUUACGACCCAGAGGUUGAGCACUUGGCCUUGUACAUAUUAGAAAUCUCGCUCUUCCACCGGGAGUUUGUCUCGAAGCCAUCCUGUGAUCUCGCCAGAGCGUCUUUGGCUCUCUCGCGCUGCAUCCUUAACCGGCCCCAGCCUCGUCACACCGAGUGGGCAUCGCAAUACGACUCUAUGACCUUGGUUGGUCUGUCGCAACAACUGCACCAGCCCUCUCAAGUGUUGUCGAGAAAGUACUCGUCGGCUCACUACUCCCGCGUGUCGAAGCUCCUCGAGCAAUUCCUCACUCGUCAAGCCUCUAUUGCCACCUACAUUCCCCCGAGCCCCCCGUCCGAUGUUGCUGCCGAGUCGAAGCCUUACAAUGGAGAGAUUGGCCUGGUUACUCCUCAAAAGAGCCUCCCCUCGACCAUGCACCACGGCUACCUUACUCCGCCCAUUACCCCUGAAAACGAAGCCUUCGCCAAUGGGGGUAAUCCCACUUUUGUCAAGACAGUGGCUGGAGUUACAACCUGCUCGCCUUCCCCGACACCUUCACCGAACAUGCCGUACGUCAGCUCGAAUCCUUACCAGCAGGAGACCGUCUACGUGCAACCACAGCAGUUCCAACCCCAGGUUGCAUUCCACACUGGCUACUAA